AUGGGCGACACAUCAUCACCACAGACGCCCUCGCGCUACAAGUCGCAACGACGAAAGCAAGCAUCGGUAGAUGAAGCAGAGCCACUUCCUGCCACCACAGACGAUGCUGGCAUUGUCAGAAGCAGGUCAAGAUACCACCGGAAUCCCACAGACUCUACGACUUCGCCACCGGACACUUUACGACCAGCAUCCCAGGAGCAGCGCAAUGAUGUGCCCUCGAGGUACCACUCUACGCACCGAGCAUCUUCGAUGAAGCCCAUGUACCAGACACAGGUCGUCGAGACGCCGGGACAGCAUCGCAGGAUGAGCGGGAACAACAGAGGUAAACAUGAAGCACAAGCGACAGCUCCAGUAGAGUCAGGUGCGAACGACCCCGGGGGAAGUCUUAGCGGUGACGAGUUGAGGCUUCAGACAAGCAACGAUAGUAGACAUCGCUUGCCUGAAAGCAGUAGCGGCAACAGAAUUGUCAGCCCGCCUGGACAUGUAUUCUCGUCGCCCCAGCGACCACCAUUCCUUUCCACGCCAUCGGGCGAGUUGUUUCCACCACCCAGGCCUGUUCCCCCACUCAGGAACGAUGGUCCUCCAAUGUCCAGCGAAAUCCGCGCGACGAAGAGCAUGGGUAACCUUUCGAAAUAUGGAGACGCAGGCGAAGAACCACAUUGCUUCUCAGGCUGGUUCAAGAAGCGCAAAAAGAAAGAACUAGUGGCUACAUCAGAGAGGGAAUUCCCCAAUGCACGACCAAAGACUGCAAAAGAAGACCGUACAAUCCGGCCUGGCGGAGGUGGAAUUGUGCCUGGUACAGAUGCUCCUGUGUCAGCGAUCAACGCAGGCGAUCGGAGGGUGCUAUUGGAGUGCGGCAAAUCGAAGAUGUUCUUUCCAUUCGGCCCAGAUACGACGUCUGCAGACCUGAUCAAGAGCGCGGCGACGUGCAUGCCAGAGAAGAUCGACGUCAGGUCGGUGAUCAUGCUGGAAUACUUUGGCACAGUUGGAAUAGAGCGACCAAUUCGCAGGUAUGAGCGGAUUCGCGACGUGAUGAAUAGUUGGGAUCAUGAUCGGCAGAACAGCUUGAUCCUCCUGGAUCCCGGUACUGGAAGCGUAGAGACAGAAUUAACCAGAGCUGGUGUGCCAGCACAAGAGCCGAGCCAGAAAACUUGGUACAUGCUGUAUUCACAAAAGCCUGGCAAGUGGGAGAAACGCUAUAUCACACUGCGUGGUAAUGGUAAUGGGCAGCUGGUGCAGUCGAAAGACCCCGAUAUGGAGCCGGAGCAAAUGACUCACGUCUGCCUCCUUAGCGACUUCGACAUCUACACGCCUACUAAGGAUAAGGCCAAGAAGAAGUUUAAGCCCCCGAAGGCGCGUUGUUUUGCAAUCAAGAGCCAGCAGAAGCCUGCUUUGUUCGAGGAAAUCACAGACUACGUCCAUCUGUUCUCGACUGGAGAUCAGAAGACCGCCGACGACUUUCACCAAGUCGUGCAGGCGUGGCGGAGCUGGUAUCUCGUGAAUGUCAUGGGCGACGGCAAGCCGUCCGGGAGUCGCGUGGUCAGUAACGAGCAGAAAAAAGUGCAUCUGGUGAAGGGAUCAAUGGACUCGCAUUACCAGAUUGGUUCAUUCGGGUCACUGAUGGGCGAAAAUUCGUUCGAUCGGGUUGAUGAAAGCAGUGGCUUCGCCAAGUCAUCAAACCAAUUCGAUGUGAACGUAUCACCGGAACGCAGAACAUCGACAGUCAAACAUCAGCAUCCGCCAGUCGCUCUCAACAAGAAGCCUAUGUUGGCAGAGAACGAACCUCUUGGCAAUCUUGCAAGGAAAACGUCCGUGAACAACAGACGUUCAUCGAUGGAUCAGAAGAGUCCGGCAACAUCCGACUUCAAGGAUACCGGGCUGCUUGGUAGGAACUACUCACAACGACGCAAGGACAACGAAGCGCGAGAUGCACAACAACAGCAACCCUUCACAGGAGGAUUACUUGGUGGUGACGACGGCAUGCGAAGACAGACCUCAGUUCGGAAGCCUACCACCAGCGCAGGUGAGAUGAAGCGAUCGAGCAGUACACGCGAUAAUGGCCGGAACGGCGGUCAUGCUCGAGGUGGUAGUAUCGACCUUCCCAGAUCAGGAUCAAGGCGAGAGCCGGCGAACCCACUGGUCGAUCUGAGACCGACAUUCCGCGAGCCAGUCCAACACUCAAGGAAAGGCAAAGGAUACAAACCAGACACGAUUGGCGCGGGCGGUUUGAUCGAAAGCGCGACCUCACCGGAAGAUCCGCUCAACAUUCCCAACCAGACCGUCUUCCGAAACACUAGUGGUCAACAUGGUGGCCAGAGCAGUUCUGGUUUGGUUGAUCUCACACCGCAGCACCGUGAGCCGAUCCAUCACAGCAGAACAGGCAAAGGGUACCAAGUCGGAACUAGUACCGCUGCCUUGGUAAAUCAUGCGACAGCUUCGCGGGAACCUCUCGGCAUCCCGCAGAGCAACAAUUUUCGCAGCAUCAACGCAAUGCCAGAGGGUCGUACGCCUUCAGGUUCGGCACAGCCAACACACAGUCGCCCGGAUGACGGACUCACUAGUGGUGGUCUGCUCGGUCAGCUGGAGAAGAGACAAGGCUGGGGGACUUCGACAAAGGGUCGAGGCGUGAUUGACGGCAGCCAUGCAGGUGGCAAGACGUUGCUGAAUUUCGAGGGUGAUAGCGAGUUCGUGAAAGGCAGUCUCCUUAAGCAGGUAGAAAGGGCGCAGGGAGGACCGGUGCCGGCGCCGGUCAUAGAUCGAGAGAAGAGGCAUGAGAGGAAGAUAAAAGUUGGCGAGCGAUAUUGA